AUGAAAUCUCAAUUUGAAGUAUACUUGAGAUUAAAGCCAUCCAAUAAUCAAUCUUAAAAUGCCAUGCAAUAUCAAUUGUAUCAUAAUAAGCGAUUAUAAGUCCUAUUGCCCAGACAUGUCAAAUUCGGAUUAGUCAAUAAUAGCAGAGAUAAUCUAGAAUUCAAUUUCACUCAUGUGUUCGAUCAAAAGUCUACCUAAGAAUAAAUAUUCAGUACUGUCACCAUCCCAGUCAUUAACAGUUUCCUAGAUGGCUAUAAUGCUACCAUUUUUGCUUAUGGUUAAACUGGAUCAGGUAAAACAUACACCAUGAGUGGUGCUGAAACUUGGCAAUUACGUGGAGUGAUCCCAAGAGCACUCUCCUAUAUUUUUGAUGAAAUCGAUAAACGAACCAAGUUCCAAUAUAAAAUCUACAUCUCCUUCAUGGAAAUUUAUAAUGAAAAUGCCUACGAUUUAUUAGAAAAGAGACAUCUUGAAACCCCUUUAGAGUAAUGGAACAAAAUUGCACUAUAUGAGGACGAUCAAAAUAACAUUCACCUCAAAAACUUGUCAAUUCAUUAGUGUAAUAACGAGCAAGAAGGAAUAGAUCUACUCAUGAUGGGCAAUUUUAUUAGGCAAGUUAGUUCCACUCCAAUGAAUCAAUCAAGUUCAAGAUCCCAUUGCAUAUUCACUGUGACUCUUGAAGGUUGUGACACAACUAGUGAAACAUGUUUCGUAAGCAAACUGCACUUGGUCGAUUUGGCUGGAUCUGAAAGAAUCAGCAAAUCUUAAGUUGAAGGCAAUCUCCUAAAUGAAGCAAAAUAUAUCAAUCUUUCAUUAACCUACUUAGAAUAAGUCAUAAUAGCCCUAAACGAAAGGAUGAAGGGUGCCAAUAGAUAACAUAUACCAUACAGGAAUUCAUUAAUGACUACUCUCCUCAAAGAUUCUCUGGGAGGCAAUUGUAAAACAGUCAUGAUUUCAACAAUUAGUUCUGAAAAUGAUAACAUUGAAGAGACCUUGUCAACAUUAAGAUUUAGUUAAAGAGUUGGUUAAUUAGAAAAUGAGAUAAGAAGAAACGAAAAAGUGGAUUUAGAGGCAGUAGUCAAAAGGUUGGAAUAGGAAAAACUCCUCCUUAUUAGAGAAUUAGAAUAAUAUCAAAGAGGUGGCAAUGUCAAUUCGAACAAUAAGAAAUUGUAAACUUAAUAAUAAAUGUUGCCUCUGUCUAAUGGAUAGUCUUUGAAUCAAAAGGAAGUCUCAGAAAAGGUAGAACUCUAUUUAAAUGAACGCCUUUCUUAAUUAGAUAUUAAAAGCGUAGAGGAAGCCUAAUUGUGCUUUGAAGCCAUGAAAGACCUCUACAACACAAGGAUGAAGGAAUAUGUUCAUGAACUUACAUUUAUCUCUGAAAAGCUAUAGAAAUAUGAUGAACUCUUAACCAGAAAGAAAGAGCAGAGUUCCUUUUUAGAACAAAAAGAAAACAGUUCUCCUGAAGUCGAAGUUUAUAGAAGAAAUGAAUCUCCUUAAAUCAAUUUAAAAAAGAAACCAAACUAGUGA